GAAGGCGGGUCGCGCACGACGACGUGGGGAACGCGCGCGCCUCCGCGGGGCCAGGCCGAGCGUCACUGCUGCUGGUGGCGUCUGAGGCUGAAGGCUUGGCGAGAAGGGUUUGCGACGGCGUGUCGGGCUGUUGGUAUCGUGGCUGCCGAGGCCACCCGCUCCUGGUCAUGAGAGAAGAAAGAGUCCUGAAGCAGAGACAUCUUAGAGAAAAACUAUUUCAGGGCCAUGCAAGCCAGCUGUAGUCAACUGCAUGAUCCUCCAGGCACCGCAAGUGAUGAUGCUCCAGCCUCCCAGUGUGUUCACCCGUCAAGAUCGACAGAAGGGUCUUCUUUUCAUCCUGGAGACAUACAUAUCCAAAUAAACUCCGGACCUAAGGAGCAUCCUGAAAACCCGAGCUCUAGAAAUACAAGGUCAGGUGCCUGCAGCUGUGCCCACGGGUGUGCACAUACUCGCUUCCGGAGUCACUCCCACAGUGAAGCGAGGCCUCCUGAGGACUUUGCCACAGAAUCUGGAGAACAUGGAAGUGGCUCCUUCUCAGAGUUCCGCUAUCUCUUCAAGUGGCUGCAAAAAAGUCUUCCUUAUAUUUUGAUUCUGGGUAUUAAACUUGUUAUGCAGCAUAUAACAGGAAUUUCUCUUGGAAUUGGGCUGCUAACAACUUUUAUGUAUGCAAACAAAAGCAUUGUAAAUCAGGUUUUUCUAAGAGAACGGUCAUCAAAGAUUCAGUGUGCUUGGUUACUGGUGUUCCUGGCAGGUUCUUCUAUUCUUUUAUAUUACACCUUUCAUUCUGAAUCACUUUAUUACAGCUUAAUUUUCUUAAAUCCUACACUGGAUCAGUUGAGCUUUUGGGAAGUUCUUUGGAUUGUUGGAAUUACAGACUUCAUUCUAAAAUUCUUCUUCAUGGGUUUAAAAUGCCUAAUUUUAUUGGUGCCUUCUUUCAUCAUGCCUUUUAAAUCAAAGGGUUAUUGGUACAUGCUUUUAGAAGAAUUAUGUCAGUGUUACCGAAUUUUUGUCCCCAUACCAGUUUGGUUUCGGUACCUUAUAAGCUAUGGGGAGUUUGGUAAUGUAACUAGAUGGAGUCUUGGGAUAUUGCUGGCUUUACUCUACCUCAUACUAAAACUUUUGGACUUUUUUGGACACUUGAGAACUUUCAGACAGGUUUUGCGAGUAUUUUUUACACGACCAAGUUAUGGAGUGCCUGCUAGCAAGAGACAGUGUUCAGAUGCGGAUGGUAUUUGUUCAAUAUGUCAAGCUGAAUUUCAGAAGCCAGUUCUUCUCAUUUGUCAGCAUAUAUUCUGUGAAGAAUGCAUUACCUUAUGGUUUAACAGAGAGAAAACUUGUCCACUGUGCAGAACUGUGAUUUCAGAUCGUAUAAACAAAUGGAAAGAUGGAGCCACUUCAUUGCACCUUCAGAUAUACUAAGUUGUAUAAACUGUUAAGGCCACAAAACAUUAAUUUUAUCUGGUUAUGGUAACUAUUGAUAAAGGCAUGAUAAUUGAUUUCCAGGAGUAGAAAAAAUGUUUCCAGAUGGUUUUAAGGUAUUAAGAGACAUGUUUGUAGUUCAAUUUCUUAAAGAUUAAGUGCAAGAGCCAUGUGUUUUUGAAGUAUAUAUUAAAUUUAAAAAGUAUACAAAUUUAUUCCACUUAUUUGACAGAUAAUUGCAGUGUUAAAUUAGAAAUGGUUUUUCUUGUUAAUAAUACCAAAACAGCAAUUAGCAACUAGAACUAGCCACUUUAAAGGGGUGCAGGUACUAUUUCCUGACAUGGUUUUCAGAGUAAAGAUUUUGCCUAUUUUAAGAUACAUAGUAUCUGAAACAAUUUUCUUCAUCAGACUUUUAUAAUCCCCAUUCUAAAAAUGCUUAAAUUUUUCAUAAAAUUGUAUUUUUCAAUGAAAGUUCUAAAUGCUAUAUUUUACCUAUAACAAUCACAUUUUCUAAGUGAAGAUUUAUUGAGGAUGAUAUAUUUUAAUACUGUAUUAUGCUUUAUGACAAGCAAUCAGUGAGAAUAAAUGAUUUAGAUUCAA